AUGGGAGGAGCCUCGAAAAAUGCCGACGAAGACAGUUUUUUCAACCAGAAAACACCCAGAGUUUAUUCGACUCCUCAACCGUCAUACAUACCCAAUCCUUCAAUGAAUCAAUCGGCAUUUGGAUCGUCUCCGUCAAUGAAUCAAACAAACUGCAUGAUGGCUCUACGCUGUCGCGGUGCUACUGCACCUAGUCCCAGUCUACUGAACAGGGCCAACAAGAAAACUCAUCCGCUGGAUGGAGCCAUUAAGCCUGAAAAGGCCAAUCCGCUGGUGGAAGCCGUCCAGAAGAAUCCGCCUCAACUUAUCCGGGCUAAAACGUCGCCCAAAUUGACUCCACCUGCAUCCGCUUUCAACUUUAAAUCCGCACCCAUCGUGUCUCCUCCUUCUCCUCCGGUUACCAAUCUGCCGGAAGCCCCUCUAAAGAAAGCAGCCGAUCCGCCAGUGGCGCCAGUCGAGUCGGAAUCCAGCGACAAGUCCAGUUCAGUUCCUUCCGUCGAACCGGCGGAGGCUCAGACAAUUCCGCCUCUAUUAAAUCCAGCGAUUCAAAAGGAAUUGCAAAAGGCGGAGCAAUACAUCAAGGCGGCCAUGGCUCCUAUUCCCAGCUGGAAGGAGCGGGCCCGUCGCAGCAACACUGUGGAUUUCUCUUCCGGCCCUGGAUCGUCUUGGCGACCGGUCCAGGCUCCAUCGCAGAUGACAAUCAAGACGGAAAACGACCACAAUCUCUUCCAGAAGAACGCCGAGUCACAUUCUACCGGAUUGGGCCGUUCUCUGCCUUCCGAUCCUUCCGGCGGAGGCAUGUGGACCAACAAAUUUCAAACAUCCGCUCGUCGUUCGAGUCGCGACCGAAUUCGACGGCCACAACUCCGACGCAGAGCCGCAGCCGCCGGUCGAGUGCGGAUGACAAUCAAGCCCAGGUCCCAUCCAUCACAGCCGGUCUUCAUUUACAUGAAACAACAGCCACCACCCAAACCAAUCAAACCGAUUGAAGAGCCGGCGAAACCUUCCACUAGCAAAUUGCCUCCGCCGGAAGAGCCGAAACCGGCCAUCAAUAUGCGGAUGAUCCCAACUGCAUUGCCGCAGGCCAGUCAGAUCAACGGAGCCGUCAGAAGUUCUUCCGUCGGAGGGACAUCCGCACUGUCUCCACUGGUCAUUCGGAAGCGGAUUCUGUUGCCGUUCUACGUCAUUCUGCCCAAGCCCUACACCAGUCUCCCUACUGUCAGAUUUGCAAUAUAA